AUGGCAAUGCCAGAGAUUUGGAGGUUUAGCCUCCAUUUGCUAACUAGCCGUUGGUUCAUGGCAUUUUCUUCUCUAAUGAUACUAUCAAUGGCUGGUGCAACUUUCAUAUUUGGCCUAUAUUCAGGGGAGAUAAAAUCCUCAUUAGGUUAUGAUCAAACAACACUAAACAUGAUUAGCUUUUUCAAGGAUUUGGGUGGUAAUUUAGCCAUAAUUGCUGGUUUAAUUAUGGAAAUUAUACCACCUUGGGCAGUUCUUGCUAUAGGUGCAAUCUUGAACUUUUUUGGUUACUUCAUGAUAUGGUUGGCUGUAACGGGGCGAAUUUCUAAACCCCAUGUUUGGCGAAUGUGUUUGUAUAUAUGCAUUGGUGCAAAUUCUCAAUCAUUUACAAAUACUGGUGCAACUGUUACUUGUGUCAAGAAUUUCACUAGUAGUCGAGGCAUCGUGUUAGGCCUAUUAAAAGGUGCAGUUGGCCUAAGUGGCGCGAUUAUGACACAAAUGUACCUUGCUUUUUAUGGAGAUAAUGGUAAGUCUUUGAUCUUACUCAUUUCUUGGUUCCCCGUCCUUGUAUCGUUCUUUUUUCUCCCUUCAAUUCGGAUUAUGAAGGUCACUCGACAAGAAAAUGAGGUCAAAAUGUUAUAUAAUCUUCUCUAUUUUUCACUUGGACUUGCUGGAUUUCUCUUGAUUAUGAUCAUCAUCCAAAGAAAGCUUACUUUUGACAGGGCUGAGUAUUCUUUAAGUGGUGCUGUUGUUCUGGUUUUAGUAUUCUCACCUCUAAUUUUAGUCAUUAGAGAAGAACUUAAUCAUUGGAAAAGCAAAAGACAAGUUGCUACUAACUUUUCACAAUUGAAUGUAUCCAUUCAAAUGGAAAAUAUCCCUUCAUCAGCUGAGCCUGAAUCAAUAACUUCAUGCUUUAAAAGCGCGUUUAAGUCACCAAAUAGAGGUGAAGAUCACACAAUUUUACAAGCACUAUUUAACAUUGACAUGUUAAUUCUAUUUGUAGUUACUACAUUUGGGGUUGGAGGUACAUUGACCGCGAUCGAUAACUUAGGUCAAAUUGGUAAGUCCUUAAACUAUCAAGAUUCAAGCAUAAGUACAUUUGUAUCAUUAGUGAGCAUAUGGAAUUAUCUUGGAAGAGUAGCUUCAGGUUUUGCUUCAGAAAUCUUCUUAAGGAAAUACAAUUUUCCGCGCCCCUUGAUGCUUACUUUCGUGCUUCUACUCUCUUGUGUUGGCCAUCUUCUCAUUGCAUUUGGUGUUCGAAACUCACUCUACGCGUCAUCUAUUCUCAUAGGGUUUUGUUUUGGAGCUCAAUGGCCAUUAAUUUUGGCUAUAAUUUCUGAGUUAUUUGGACUAAAAUACUAUGCUACAUUGUAUAAUUUUGGUUCUAUAGCUAGUCCUAUAGGUGGAUAUAUACUCAAUGUCAGAGUGGCUGGCUAUUUAUAUGAUAAAGAAGCAUUGAAACAGUUAGCAGCUAAGGGAAUUGCUAGAAAAGUUGGAGAGGAUUUGAAUUGUGUUGGAGUCCAAUGUUACAAGCAGGCUUUUCUAAUAAUUACAGCAGCUACAUUUGCAGGAAGCAUUGUGUCAUUGAUUUUGGUGCUAAGAACAAGAAAAUUUUAUGCAAGUGAUAUAUAUAAGAAAUUUAAAGAAGAGAGUCAAGUAGAAUCAGGCAACAUCACAAUCUCAAGGGAAAAUAAUUGA